AACAUCUCAGCUGGUUGAACCAUUUGAACCAUGAGCGCUUUGCAGGAAACCAGAAGCUUUUCGUUAAAAUUCCGGAAAGGCACAAAGUCAGACGAAGGAAGAGACAGAGUUACAAUGUUUGAUGUGAUUUACGGCAAAAUGAGAGAGAAGACCGUUCUGCAGCGGCUGGUAGUUGUUGCGCGGCUCCCAAGCAGACGUGAUGAUGGGACUCAACUUGGAGCCCAUUAUGAAAAUCUCAACUUUCAGUUAAGCAAACGAUACAUAUGGGAUCACAUAACAGGCCUGAUGUUAAUUUAUCCAUCCUGUCUGCUGCACGUCAUCGAAUCAUCCAGGGAUAUUCUGAUUUCUAUUUUGAAAGACCUCACAGUCAUGCAGCAACAGCCACACUGUACCUUGCUGGAAGCUAAGAUUGUGUUCAUGGCACAUAACCCUCAAAGCAGGCUGUUCCAGCAGUGGAGCUACAAGGUUCUGACUGCAAAUCAGGCAGCUGGGAUUAAAAGACUCCAGGAAGAUGACGAGACAGAUACCCUGCUUUGCAUCGUCUUGUCGGCGCUGCAGGAUCUGGGUAAAUGCCUGGAAAUAUCUAAGAAGGCUCUUCCUGAGUCGGUGCUGGAUGAGACUCCAGAGCUGAUCGUCCCUCAGAAGAUUCUGGACAAGCUUCUGACUCGAGGUGAGCUCCUGAGUCCUCAGCAACACCUGCAGAUGUACGCCUCCCCCUUAAACGUCAGCAUAGAGUCUGGGCAAGUCAACCUAAGAAACUUCUGCCCGACUGCUUAACUUUCUGCACAAAAGCUCGAAGGUAAAGAGAUCACCGUGCGUGUUUCAUCCACAUCCUGGAAAUGUAACCGUUUAUCAGUUAAAGAGUCGCCUCACAUCAGUGGCUCAUUCAUCUCUUCUAAUGUGCAGCCGAUAUGAUUUGUUCAGGUUUUAAGGCAACUAUCUUUUUUAUUUUUGUUCCUCACCACUUAGAGAAAUUACUUAUUUAAAAAUGAGCAGCAGUAUUUCUUUUCGCUGCCCCCAGAAUAACUCAGUCCCCAUGAAGGUAAAUGGUAAAUUAGUGACGGAGAAGCUGUGGAUAAUUCACUGUAAAAGGAACUUUGAGACUGGAGAGACUUUUCAUCCACCAGACUGAAAAUAUCUUGACAUUUUUCAAAGAAUUUAGUAAAGAUGUUUUAUUUUUGUUUGGUACCAACAUGAGAUAGUGGAUUUAACUUGAAAUAUUGAAACUGUGCUACAUAGAUUUUGCCAGGCAGUAAUUCCUGUUUAAAGUUUUUAUCACUUUCACCUCAACCACCU